UACAGCGACGGCCGGGACGCCAACCACAUCUGUCUCCAUGCUCUUGCGACGGCCUUUGCACACUUCACCCAAGAGACAGGCGGCCACAGCCAGGCGGAUCCCACACCCCAAUGGCGACAGGGGCUGAUGGCUGUGCGUGAAGACAACUGCAUUCCGUCCAGCGGCAACUGCCCAUCGUACAACUCGGACUGCGGCACGAGCAGCUUCAGCUCGAUCUGGCCCUGCGGCAAGGACGCUUCAGGAGCCUAUCUGCAGUACUUUGGCCGAGGCGCCAAGCAGCUGACGUACUCAUACAACUAUGCGCCUUUCAGCCAGAUCAUCUAUGGAGACGCCGGGGUCCUCCUGAACGACCCUGACCAAGUGGCGACGAGUUGGCUGUCGCUGGCCUCGGCCAUUUUCUUCUUUGUCUUUCCGCAAUCGCCAAAGCCGUCGAUGCUUGAGGUGAUUGACGGCACAUGGGUUCCAAAUGCUGCAGACAAAGGCAAGUUGCUUGGCAACAACUUCCCAACGACGAUCCAGAUCAUCAACGCCGAGUGCCAGGCAGCUACCACGCCUGCAAAUGCGCAAAACCGAAUCGAUUACUACAAGGCCUUUGCGCAGGAUCUCGGGCUGGACAUCAGCCAGGAGAACAUGGCAUGCGCCGGCAUGGGUCUCUUUGGCGCGGACAGCUCAACCAGCAGCGUUCCUCUGUACUGGGACAAGAGCUGGAGCAGCCAGUAUGGGUGCGAUCUGGUAACUUGGCAAACGCCCUUCAGCGCUUUGAUUACCGGGCAGUAUGUGGCGUGCGUAGAGCACAACUGGGGUGUCCAGAUCUCUUGACGAACCGGGCAGGCAAGCAGCGAGGGCGCUGGCGGCGACGCUGCGG